AUGCACGUCUCAGAGAUGCUGGCGGAAGCCAAACAAACCGGCCAGCCAAAGUACUCUUUCGAAUUCUUUCCUCCCAAAACCGCUCAGGGUGUUCAGAAUCUCUACGAUCGAAUGGACCGCAUGCAUGGCUUGGGACCUAGCUUUAUCGACAUCACAUGGGGGGCAGGAGGUAGACAGGCUCAAUUGACCUGUGAGAUGGUUUCGGUGGCUCAGUCACAAUAUGGAUUGGAAACUUGCAUGCAUCUGACUUGCACCGAUAUGGGUAAGGAGAAAGUAGACGACGCGCUCAAGAGUGCUUAUAAAGCUGGCUGUACCAAUAUCCUGGCCCUACGCGGCGAUCCACCAAGAGAGAAGGAGAAAUGGACUGCCACUGAGGGGGGAUUUCACUAUGCCAAGGAUCUGGUCAAAUAUAUCAAACAGUCCUAUGCCAAUCAUUUCGAUAUUGGUGUCGCUGGAUAUCCGGAAGGUUGCGAUGAUCAGGAUGACCCCGAGGCAUUGUUGGACCACUUGAAGGAGAAGGUCGACGCGGGUGCUACUUUCAUAGUUACGCAGAUGUUUUAUGAUGUCGACAAUUUCUUAAACUGGGUGGCAAAAGUUAGAGCGAGGGGCGUCACCAUCCCGAUUAUUCCUGGAAUCAUGCCAAUUAAUACGUAUGCCAGCUUCGUGCGCAGGUGUAAUCACAUGAAUGCCUCUAUUCCACCAGAAUGGAGUGAGAAAUUGGAAGCUGUAAAGAAUGAUGAUUCUGCGGUUAGGAGCAUUGGUACUGGAUUGGUGGCGGAAAUGUGUCGCAAAAUUCUGGACUCGGGAGAAAUCCACCACCUACAUUUCUACACCAUGAAUCUUGCGCAAGCUACUCGUAUGCUUCUGGAUGAGCUAAACUUGACUCCAAGUACCGAACGUCCACUCAAGCAUGCUUUACCAUGGAGACAGUCAUUGGGUCUAGGCCGAAGGGAGGAAGAUGUUCGACCAAUUUUCUGGAAGAACCGAAACAAGUCUUAUGUUGCUCGUACACAGGAUUGGGAUGAGUUUCCUAACGGAAGAUGGGGCGAUUCGAGAUCUCCAGCUUUCGGCGAGCUUGAUGCUUAUGGAAUCGGACUACGAGGCACCAACGAGCAGAAUCGCAAGCUUUGGGGCGAGCCUAAGUCGAUCAGUGAUAUCGCCAAUAUCUUUGUCAACUAUCUAGAACAAAGUGUUGACAGUCUUCCAUGGAGCGAAGCACCGAUCACCAGCGAAGCAGAUGUCAUUAAGCAAGAUUUGAUUGCUCUUAAUAGGCGUGGACUGGUUGAGAAGGAUCCAGAGUUGACUUAUUACUCGGUCAACAAAGCUGGUGAUCUCAAGUCCAAUUCUCCAGGCGAAGGACCUAAUGCAGUCACGUGGGGUGUCUUCCCUGGCAAAGAAAUUGUUCAACCCACUAUUGUUGAGACGAUCAGUUUCUUGGCUUGGAAGGACGAGGCUUAUCGUCUGGGAAUGGAUUGGGCUCAUUGUUAUGAUGCUGGAAGUCCUAGUCGUCAACUCAUUGAGAAGAUGAUGAAUGAGUGGCAUUUGGUCAACAUUGUCCACAAUGACUUCCACCAAUCCCACGGCCUUUUCCCUCUCUUCGACGGUCUCACGGUCCAAAACAUCAACAAACCAUUCGAGGCAACCACAACCAACGGCGUAAACGGCACAGCGCCAAAAAGCAACGAACAUCUCCCACUCACAAACGGAACCGGCAACGCCCUCGUCGCCGCUUAG